UUGCACCCUGCAGCACGAUACAAGUACACAAAUGAAGAGUGUGGAUUUCCACUGGUUGCUGGCUGCCAUUGUAGCAGUUUUUCCUGCCCUGCCAUGUGAUGCGCAGUACGCGUACGCCACCGUGGAGCAGGGCGACCUGCGAGGCAGCGUGGAACAGACGGUGCUGGGGACGACCUACCGGCGAUUCCUCGCCAUCCCGUUCGCCGAGCCGCCGCUAGGGGAGCUGCGGUUCGUGAAAUCCCGGCCACCUGUCGCCUGGGAGGGCGUACGGGACGCCCUGGAGGAGGCGCCGCUGUGCCUGCAGCCGGACAAGGGCUCCGAGGACUGCCUCUACCUCAACGUCUUCGUGCCGGAGGAGGCGGCGGCGGCGGCCAACGCCUCCGGGGAGCUGCUGCCCGUGCUCGCCUGGAUACCAGGCGGCGGCUACCAACAUGGAGGGGCUUCGCUUGCUGGUUUCGGCCCAGACUUCUUCCUCGACCGCGGCAUCGUCGUCGUUACCAUGAACUACCGACUGUCCGCUCUGGUACCAGACCCGCAUGGGUGUUGCGGUCGUACAACCACGGCCAACGAGUCCCACCUUCGACAGCUGCUUUCCACACCAUAUCCUGUCCGCAACUCGCUGACGGGACGCUGCCGAUCUGAUGUCUUCCGGGUGUCGGUGAGAUCACCCGCGCUCCAACACCAACUGAGGCUGCGUGUCCGUUCCCCUGGCGGAAAAUCUACUGCCUCCGCUACUAAGGCGGACUCCUGGUGCCGCCCAGACGACUCAGUACUGCUCCAUCCUGUCGACCGCACGCUGCUCUUUAGUUCCUCACAGCCACAGUGCUCGCUGAAUACGGGCAGCGAUUCCUGA